UUCUAGUUGUUACCUCGGCACAAGCUCUAACGGAGCGGCUGGGAAAGGCGAAGGCAUCCCCCAUGUCAUCCCGCAAGGGUUUCUCGGGGGAAUGAGGAUCUGGAACCGAAUUGAAUUUCUUUAGAUACACUUGUUGCUGCCAUUGUUUUCCUUUCUGCCGUUCUUUAUCUCCCUUUUACCGUCUCCCAAGCUUCACACGGUCUACACUGCAUUCCUCCACCUGAUCCGACACUUCUUAUCGGUCGGCGGCAUAUCCUCACCGAGAUAUCGAAACAAGUCUGUAGCACGGAAUCCCUACGUCACCAGCACUCUACUUCGCGGCAGGUUGAUAGGUGUGAUAAAGAUAUCUCCAGCUGAAAGCGAGCCGAGCAAUGUCGGGCGAGGGAAAGUUGGCGCCAUGGGAGAGCGCCAUUGCGGGUGCAUCUGGUGCGGUUCUGGCCAACGCCCUAGUAUAUCCUCUUGAUAUCGUGAAAACUAGGUUACAAGUGCAAAUCAAAAAGAAGAACCAGGAGAACCAUCACAGUGCCGAACAUCAUCACUACGAGUCCACGAUCGAUGCUAUCUUGAAGAUUGUUGAACAUGAGGGUAUACAUGGCCUCUACUCCGGCCUUGCAGGAGCCCUGGCCGGAGUUGCGUCCACAAACUUUGCCUAUUUCUACUGGUAUUCGGUGGUGCGAGAUCUGUGGACAAAAUAUGAGACAACUCCCGGCCAACAUCCGGGUACAGCAGUUGAAUUGUCCCUUGGUGCAGUUGCAGGGGCUCUCGCUCAGGUGUUCACGAUCCCCGUCGCCGUGAUCACAACAAGGCAACAAACACAACCCAAGGGCCACAAGAAGGGCUUCUGGGAGACUGGAAAGGACGUGGUCCACAGCGAGGACGGCUGGAGUGGAUUAUGGAGAGGCCUCAAGGCUUCUCUCGUGCUGUGUGUCAACCCGGCCAUCACAUACGGUGCCUAUCAGCGCCUGAAAGAUAUAAUGUACCCAGGACGAGCACGACUACAUCCGUGGGAGGCUUUCGUUCUCGGAGCCAUGUCCAAAUCACUGGCGACACUAACAACUCAACCACUGAUCGUCGCCAAAGUUGGUCUGCAAUCACGACCACCCCCAGCCCGCGAGGGCAAGCCGUUCAAGACGUUUGGAGAAGUCAUGGCCUAUAUUAUCGAGCACGAAGGCCCUUUUGCCCUCUUCAAGGGCAUUGGUCCCCAACUGCUCAAGGGUCUGUUGGUCCAAGGUCUGCUUAUGAUGACCAAGGAGAGAGUCGAGUUGCUGUUUGUCCUACUGUUCGCCUAUCUGCGUGCCGCGAAGACGAAGCGGGCGAAAUUGGCUGCCCAGCUCAAGGAGCAGGCUGCUCCAGUGGCCGAGACCUUGAAAAGUCGUGCCAUGCCUGUCGCGGAAAACGUUCUUGAGAAGGCCAAGACUGCUUUCCCAGCAACAGCGAAGUAAAGAUCGUGCUCUAGCUAUGCUCCUGGCGGGUUGUACAAACGGGGCGAACGGAUGUAGGUCGGGUGACCUGUUCGGUCAGGAGACCUGAAAACCAAGAGUUCCUGACUAGUCGAAUCCAUUGAGAUAGAUCUGAGGAAGUUGGAAUGGCGAGAGGACUUGCAUUUGUUACGGAGCAUGGAGCGGUACGGCAAAUGAUUACAUUCCGGUUCAUGGGAUGAAUGUCUUUUUUUGUGACGCAGUGUCAUAUCAUGUCUUUCCAGAGGGGAUGGGCCUGGUACCAGAGAAAAGUGGGAAACAAGACCACCAGGCUGUAAACGCGGCUUGGUUGAGUAGACAAGACUUGCUUUGGCUAUCUUCUGUUCUAUUUUCAGGGUUUGCAAUAUAUAUACAGAAAUUUUUUGAAUCUGG